AAGCAAACCCUUGAAACUAGCAUUGCAUUUGCAUGCGAUUUCCCACUUCAUCAGAGAAUCGAAAAAUGUCAGCUCAAGUAUUGGCAACUCCUUCUUCACCACAGAAUGGAACCUCCCCCAAAAAAGGUCGUCCGACAGCCAGUUUUGAUCCUUGCGUUUGGGGGAAUCAUUUUCUUUCCCAUUCUUCUAAGUUCAUGACAAUUGACGAUGCAACAACUCAACAAGAGUAUGAACAAUUGAAAGAGGAAGUAAGAAGGAUGCUCAAUGACACGAACAGUGAACAUUUAAAGAAACUGUAUUUAAUCGAUGCAGUUCAACGCCUAGGCGUUGAUUACCACUUUGAGAGAGAAAUAGACGAUGCAUUAGAGAAGAUAUACCAUGACGGUGUUGAUUGCUCUAAUCUUUAUAACGUCGCUCUUUGGUUUCGAGUGUUUAGACAACAAGGAAUCAAUGUCCCAUCUGAUGUAUUUGAGACGUUUAUGAAUGAGAACGGAAAAUUCAAGGCUGACUUAGUUAAUGACGUCCCUGGCAUGUUGAGUUUGUACGAGGCAGCUCAUCUUGCCUUACCAGAUGAAGAUAUCCUCGAUGAAGCCAUUGCUUUCACAACCUCUAGUCUUGAAUCUAUUUCAACACAAGUAAGCACUCAGUUAGCAGAACAAAUAAGUCGUGCACUGAAUCGACCCAUUCGCAAAAACUUGCUGAGAUUAGAAGCAAGGCAUCACAUCUCUCUAUAUUCCAAAGAUGAUCAUUUUGAUUCCAACAAUGGACAACUAUUAAGAUUUGCAAAAUUAGACUUCAACCUGCUACAAGCAUUUAAUCGGAAGGAGCUCAGUAGCAUCACAGAGUGGUGGAAAAAACUGGACUUCACAACAAAGCUACCUUUUGCAAGGGAUAGACUGGUAGAGUGCUAUUUUUGGGCAAUGGAUGUCUAUUUUGAGCCCAAAUACUCUGUUGCAAGAACAUUUGUGACCAAAGUAUUUAUAUUAACAUCUGUUAUGGAUGAUAUUUAUGAUAACUACGGGACCUAUGAUGAGCUCCAACUCCUAACCAAAUGCAUUGAAAGGUGGGACGUUAUUGUUAUAAAUCAACUUCCAGAAUACAUGAAAUUAUUUUAUCAAGCACUAUUAGACAUUUACAGUGAAAUGGAGGAGGAAGUUGCAAAGGAAAGAAGAUCAUAUGUUGUACAACAUGCGAAAGAGUCGUUCAAAAGAGUUGCUAAAGCCUACUUUGUUGAAUCUAAGUGGCGUGAAGAAGGUUAUGCUCCAUCAUUUGAGGAGUAUAUGAAGAAUGCUCAAAUUUCUUCUGGUUAUCCUAUGCUUGUAACAAAUUCAUACGUUGGAAUGGGAAAUGUUGCAUCCAAGGAAGCCUUUGAAUGGAUUUCUAAUGACCCUAAGAUGCUUAUGGCUUCUGCAAUUCUAUCUAGACUCAUGAAUGACAUUGUCUCACAUCAGCUUGAGCGGGACCGAGAUCAUGUGUUCUCAGCUGUCGAAUCCUACAUAAAGGAACACGGUGUUUCAAGGGAAGAAACAGUGAAGAUUUUACGCAAAGAAAUUACGGAUUCAUGGAAAGUGAUCAAUGAAGGUUGUAUGAAACCGACUGCCUUUCCGAUGCCUCUCCUCACUCGCAUUCUCAACUUCACGCGUGCCGCGGAUGUGAUGUACAAAGACGAUGAUGCCUACACAAAGUCCUACUUGCUCAAGGACACAAUUGCCUCGUUGCUUGUGGAUCCUGUUGUUGUUUGAGUCUAUCAGAAUUUUGAAGCUCUAGCUUUGUGAAAAGAUAUGCGUGGGAUGGUGUUGUUCUUUAUGUACUUCAACUUUGUUGCUACAAUAAGAGUUCUAAGGUUUCAACUUUCAACAGAACUUACAAUGUUUUCUUGUGACUUAAUGGUGUUGUGAUUUUAAAUUAAAUCUAUGAAUAUUAUUAUAAAUAUUGUGAUUUUAA